AUGUUGAAGCUGUUCGCUACUAUCGCCAUUGCCAUCUCAUUGAUAUGUAUGGUAAGAGCCGACGGCGAUAUCACAUGUAAUGUGGCUUGGGCCUCAAACGGAUUGUGCCAAACGACGUUCCGGGUAUGGACAUGCCAGGAUUGUCAAGUGGGCUACCUCAAGCCGAGUACAACCCUGGAUGAAUAUAAAAUAGAUCCCAACAAUAGAAAGCAAUUCUUGGUAAAGCCAUACGUUAUGAUCUUGGACCCGGUAACGGGAAUCAAUAAGAAAAAAUUUCUUAAGGCCCAGUCCCGUGCGGCUACUGCAAAUGAUGUUUUUUUCCAUCCUCUGAGGUCGCUUUGGUUGUUGGAAGCUGCAAUUUAG